AGUGAGGAAGCAAGAUCAAGCUGUGUUGCUGGCAAUGGUCCCAUCAUCUACUAUGGUAUCCUGUUGUGCCUGGGACUGCCAGUAAACAUUUUGACCGCCAUUGCACUAUCCCGCCUGGCUACUCGCACCCAGAAAUCCUCCUACUGGUACCUUCUGGCUCUUACAACUUCUGACAUCCUAACUCAGGUCUUCAUUGUCUUUGUGGGCUUUAUAGUGCAGGCUGCCAUCUUGGCUCGUGAUGUUCCGGGAGCCUUUGUCCACACCAUCAAUGUGCUGCAGUUCACAGUCAAUCAUGCCUCCAUCUGGGUGACCGUACUGCUGACUAUAGAUCGGUAUGUGGCAGUUUGCCACCCACUGCAGUACAGGGUUGUCUCCUACCCUAAGCGCACCCGGAAGAUAAUAGGUGUUGUGUUUGCCAUAUCAUUGGCCACAGGAAUCCCCUUCUACUGGUGGCUAGAUGUUUGGCAUGAUGCGCCCACUGCCAUGGACAAAGUCCUCAAGUGGCUUCAUUGCUUCAUCGUCUACUUCAUUCCUUGUGGCAUUUUCCUGGUGACAAAUUCUGUGAUCAUCUACAAGCUCAAGCAUUCGAGCAGACCCAACAGAAGGCUCAGCAAAACUACAACAAUUCUGUUGGCCAUCACAACUGUCUUCAUUAUUCUCUGGGCUCCACGAACAUUUGUCAUGAUCUACCACCUUUAUGUGACUUCAGUCAAUCAGGACUGGCGAGUACACCUAGCCAUCGAUAUAGCCAACAUGGGAGCCAUGCUGAACACCUCCCUCAACUUCUUCCUGUAUUGCUUUGUCAGCAAGACCUUCCGGCAUACUGUAUGGGAGGUGUUGAUCUCCUACAGGCUCCCAUGCACCCAGUCACUGAAGAAGAAUUGUCCCUCUGAUCCAACCAUGAAACCACUGGGAAUCUUGCAGCAUACUCCACUGUAG